AUGCAGGAAAAUGUGAGCUCCAGGAUGGACACUCCAACCAAUAUCUCUUUGGUGGGCUCUGGAGAUGCCGUGACAGAGUCCUUGGAGUAUAAGACUGUUUCUGUAUUUCUGGUCCUGCUGGUGUGUGGUGUGGGCAUUGUGGGAAACAUCAUGGUGGUGCUGGUGGUUCUUACCACACGCCACAUGCGAACACCCACCAACUGCUAUUUGGUGAGCCUGGCUGUGGCCGAUCUGAUGGUCCUGGUGGCUGCGGGUCUGCCGAACAUCUCAGAGAGCCUGAUGGCAUCCUGGGUGUACGGGCACGCUGGAUGUCUGGGCAUCACCUACUUUCAGUACCUUGGCAUUAAUGCGUCCUCCUGUUCAAUCACGGCAUUCACUGUGGAGAGAUACAUCGCCAUAUGCCACCCAAUGAGGGCGCAGACCGUGUGUACAGUAUCCCGAGCCAAGCGCAUCAUAGCUGUUGUGUGGGUUUUCACCUGUGUUUACUGUAUGCUCUGGCUCUUCCUGGUGGACAUCCAGGUGAAUCCUGACGGCAGAGUGCAGUGCGGAUACCGUGUCUCUCGAGAUCUUUACCUGCCCAUUUACCUGAUCGACUUCACCAUCUUCUAUGUCAUUCCUUUACUCCUGGCCAUCGCUCUUUAUGGUCUCAUUGCCCGAAUCCUGUACCUGAAUCCUCUGCCGCAUCCGCCGGAUUCGGGUACCGUCAUUGCUCCAACUCUUAGAAGAAGCUGCAAAGAACCGGCUGAUGGAGGGAAAGCAAUUCGUCAGGGACGCCCUAAGAGUGCACUUUCUUCUCGGAAACAGGUCACCAAGAUGUUGGCUGUGGUGGUUGUACUUUUCGCCCUGCUCUGGAUGCCCUACAGGACCCUGGUCCUCAUCAACUCCUUCGUCAGCACGCCAUACCUGGAUUCCUGGUUCAUUCUCUUCUGCAGGACCUGCAUUUACGCUAACAGCGCCAUCAACCCUGUCGUUUACAAUCUGAUGUCCCAGAAGUUUCGCUCGGCCUUCCGCGGACUGUACCGCUGCCGUAGGGAAGAUGUGCACCAACGGACACUCUCAAUGCUCCAGAGCGGAUACAGCCUAGGAAGAGACCCGCGAAUCUGCAGCAACGGCACCAGAGACACUCCUAAGAAAGUCGGUUCAGUCACUCCAGAGCAGAAACAAAACAAGGGCUUUGAGAACAAGGUGGAAAAUACAGACAGGCAGAUUAGUGACGGUGUUGAAAAUGAGAUUAAUCCGAGCAUCAAGAAAAAUGCAUGCUCAAAUUGUGACAUAGAUGAAUCGAAAACCUCAGAGAUGCCUACAGUGGAGGACGUGGACAUGAGCAAGAUUAAUGAUAAUGGGAAAAUAAUGGAGGAAAGCGGUAAUAGUGCUCAGGAUAUUAUCGCUGACAUGAGCAACACACAGCAGACACAACGAGUGUCCGGUGAAUUCACAUCUACUCUGGGGGAAGCAGAACAGAAUGAUGCAGAGCUCAGUCACAGUGUUUUAUAG